AUGGUUGUAGGAGUGCGCAUCUUGGAGCAGGCAUUGCGGCAGCGAAAGCUAGGUACUGAUGGCAGCCGGCAGGCCCGGGAAGAGCUGAGUCGCAAGAGAUGGAUCUCGGAACUGGCAGUGAUAAUCCGCGAGGCCGGGCUGCCUGCUGCAUCCCGCAUUGAUUCUAUGAGUAAUCCUGAGACUUCCUGGGUUCGCGCCUUCGGGUCGCGCCGUGCAAAGACCCUCAAGAACAGGGCAAUGGCUUGGAGGGAGCUUGGUGCGAUCGACACGAGCUCUCGCCAUUGGGUAGGAUAUGCUUCUUUUGGAAGGGGUGCCGAGCUGGAGCAGGACGCUGCACCAGUCAAGCAAGCACCGAUGUACCCCAUCAUCGUGCUGUUAGCUUGCGAGUUGGUGGUGUGUGACCCCUCAGCCUGCCUCGGAGCGCGAUUCUAUUCUUCUGUGUUAUUGCUGUUGGUGUGGGCAACUCUGCGAGUGGAUGACCUGCAGAAUUUCAACCCUGCCAGCGUUUUGCUUUCGCAAAUUGGUUUGAAGUUCACCCUGGACAGGACAAAGACGUCUGGGGCCGGCAAGCAUGUAGGCAAGCUCCGGGCUUUUGUCAUGCGAGGCAUCAGUCUGUCUGGUUUCGACUGGAUUGGCUAUGGCUAUCGUCUGCUGGGCACUGAGUCACUCAAGUUCGAGCGCGACUAUUUCUGUGGUCGUUUCGGAGAGGAUUGGAGCACGAAUGGGAAGUGGACAUAUGUUCGCGACAACAUGCUUCUUCCUGAGGUGGUGAUCCCGUAUUUUACGGACCACUCGGGUAGGCUCGCUCGGAUCGCAUUUGUUCCGAGCUCGCACAACGGUCGCUAUGCCCCAAGACCACUGCGAGAUGAUCGUGCCUCAGAAGAGAAUUUCUUUGUGAAGCAAUGCUUGAAGGCUGCAGCUGCGCAGAACCAGGCUUGCGACCAGCUAGUGUUUGUCAACUUUCAGAAAUGCGAGCUCUCAUUCCUGAG